CUCUCUCUCUCUCUCUCUCUCUCUCUCUCUCUCUCUCUCUCUCUCUCUCUCUCUCUCUCUCUCUCUCUCUCUCUCUCAAUCAAGAAGAUCAUGUCAGGCGUGUGGGUGUUCAAGAACGGAGUGAUAAGGCUUGUAGAGAACCCUAACCAGUCAGGAGCCGACACAUACAGCCGAAGGAAGGUCAUGGUCUAUUUACCCACAGGAGAAGUGGUCUCAUCUUAUUCGAUGCUCGAGCAGAUCCUCCAGAGUCUUGGGUGGGAGAGGUACUUUGGCGACACAGAACUCCUCCAGUUCCACAAACCCUCAUCCAUUGAUCUCAUCUCUCUCCCUAGAGAUUUCACCAAAUUCAACUCCGUUUACAUGUACGAUAUCGUCGUCAAGAACCCUAAUUACUUCCACGUCCGAGACUCCCAUUAAAUCUUUUGUUCUUUUUGUUGUGUGUUUGUUUGUGUGUGUGUGUUUUACAUUUUAGUAUUUGUUGGAUUUUGUCUUUAGUUGCAUGUGCAUGUUUUAUUUCCGUUGUCGAUGUUGAGAGUUGUGUAACUGUAUGUGAUUGUGGUUUUAUGAAAGUUGAGAUUAAGAA